AUGAAGCGGUCCCAGCCGACGACAUUUAAUUGUUACAAAAGGUGCAGACCAUCGGACGGUAAUCGUGCCAUUGCGCGCGGCCCUAUCCCAAACACGGCGGCUAGGCUCAUUGAGACGAGUGCGACCGCGACACUGUUGGAUGCACAGGAUACACAAGGUAUGGGGACUAGUGUAGGCGCUUACAUCGGCACAGAGGAAUGGUCUGCUGAUAGAUCUGGCUAUCCACGAUAUACCAGUAUAUGGACUCCCGAUUAA